AUGGAUGGGGAGCUCGGAGACUGCGGUGGUGGGGGAUGGACGCUGGUCAUGAAGAUUGACGGUGCAAAGGUACAGUGGAACCCCUCUAGACUGGACACCCUUGGGACCGUAGUUUCUCAAGAAUGUCGAAUGAAAACUUUGACUCGCUUCUUUCACUCCUGUUUGCUUCCCAUUGUCUCUUUUAAGUCAGUGAAUGUUCUAUAGAUCAUAUUAAAGGGCCACGCUCAACCAGCAUGCAAUACGGGCGUAGUGGACACUCUCGGUAUUUUCUGGCGCGAGUUUGAUGAAGCACUCAUGGAGCGAAGUAAAGCAAAACUGGGGCAAUCCCAGAUUAAUGUAGACACUAACUUGAAAAGUGCCUCAUCUUGCAGCACAACUUCAACUACGAUUCAAAAGCGUGGUCUUCCAGGUCUUCAGUCUCUCCCGAAAAUGGAGACCCUGUUACCAACGUACUGGAGCACGUCCUUUACCAAGAUCUGUCUCGGCAUGAAGGUCGAUGGAAAAACCAGGUUCUUGCGAGUGAAUAGGGCAGCAGCCUCACUGUAUGCCCUCGUUGCUGAUGGUCAGUACCGUGAAAUCUCGCUGGGUCGUGAUGCAUGGAAGGGAGAGGUUGGUCCCAAAGCCUCCCUCCAGCGCAACUGUAAUCGAGAAGGGUCCAAUACGCAGGGUAAUGUAAGUUCUAAUCCUAAGAUACGAAUUGGUAUCAUCGCUAACGAGCAAAAUGAAUGUAAUUCCCCUGAUUCUAGAAUCGGGUUUGGUGAAUGGGGAGUGGUAGCCGAAGUCCCGUGCGGAAACGUAGCCAGGCACGGCGGGGACAACGGAGACCAAACCAUGAGAGCCUUCGGAUACAUCUUCGUUCAGUAA